CCUAGAUUACCCCGGGAACUUUGCACUUCUUUCAUUUCACUCUGUGAUACCACUCAAUAUAAAUAAUUGAUUGCCGCUCAUUACUGAAUCGGACGUUACUGGGUUAAUAUCUGCUGCCUAGCUCAGAGUUCUAAUCCAUCGCUUAUCAUGGUGAUAAAUAUGAUUAUUUUUCUGUCUGAGUUGUGGGUGGACGGGAUAUCGAAGGUUUUUUCCUAUAUUCUUCCGGGUCAUUCAAGAUCCAUAGAUGAUGAAUAUCAGUACCUACAACAGAGCAGCCUUCCGACAAUGCACUUCCAGGCAUCCCUACCACGUCUACCCAUUCCAAAGUUAGAGGAUACCUGUAAGAAAUAUUUAAAAGCUCAAAAAGCGAUUCUAUCCCCGGAGGAAUGUGAACGAACAGCAAAAAAUGUUGCUGCAUUCCAACUGAAGGAAGGCCCACAGUUGCACCAACAACUCUUAGAACUCGAUGCUAAGAACAAACACACGAGUUACAUCAGCGAACCCUGGUUUGACAUGUACUUGAGAGAUCGUAGACCACUUCCAAUUAAUUUCAACCCUUACAUGGUAUUCUACCAGGAGAAAAAUGCAGCGUAUAAUAUGCCUCUGGUCAAAGCCACGAAUAUUUUGAUAUCGUCAGCGAGAUUCUUAAGAUCCCUGCGGGCUGGACUUCUAGAGCCGGAAGUCUUUCACAUGAAUAGGAAAAAAUCGGAUACUAAAUUCUUUAGAUUCGUCACUGGGCUUUUACCAUCGAGAAUAGCUACUUACGGCGCAUAUUUAUUCAAGGCUUUUCCACUGGAUAUGUCGCAAUUCAAUCAUCUCUUCGGAACAACGCGAAUCCCGGAAAUCGAAAAGGACAGAAUUACCAGUGACCCCAACGCAAGACACGUGUUAGUAAUACGAAGAGGUCAUCUCUACACAUUCGACAUUCUCAACGAGGACGGCAGCAUUCGUUCGCCUCACGAAAUUGCCUCCUGCGUGAACACGAUAUUGCACGAUCCUCGAGCACCUAGUCUCUGUCCAAUUGGAAUAUUGACUACCACAGAGCGUAAUCAGUGGGCCCGGAAUCGCCAACACUUGGUAAAUCUCGGAAAUGCUGAUGUAUUCAAAAAAAUCGAUACGGCAACAUUUCUUCUAGCCUUGGAUGAUGAUCUAGUGGAUGAGGAUAUCAAUGUGUUGCUACGAGAUUUUUUACAUGCUGAUGGGACUAAUCGCUGGUUCGAUAAAUCAUUUACAUUAAUUGUAACUGGGAAGGGAUGGACUGCAAUUAAUUUUGAACAUUCCUGGGGUGAUGGAGUGGCUGUUCUCCGAUUUUGUCAGGACAUGAAACAUGACGCAACGGUGCGACCUCGCUUCCAUCCCGAGGAGCGAGCGCAACUAUCAAUCUCAUCUCCAGAUGUUCAAAAACUUGAAUUUAAGAUUGACGACGUCACAAUGGAGUCUGUGAAUCGUGCAUUGAAAGAAUACAAACAUUGGACUGAUCGGUUAACGAUGCAGCACUUGCUUCACAAUAUAUUUGGUAAGAAACAAUGCAAAACAGCCGGAGUGAGUCCCGAUGCAGUGAUGCAAUUGGCGUUUCAAUUGGCUCUUUAUAAACUUGAGAAACGCGCUGUGGCAACAUACGAGUCAUGCAGUACCGCCGCUUUUAAACACGGCCGCACCGAGACGAUAAGAUCGUGCACCGAUGAAACCCAAGCCUUAUGCAAAGCCAUCGUGGAGAGCGGCACUUCCCAAAUAAAUGAUAGCAAGUACAAGAAAAUGAUGAUCGAAUGCAGUAAUGCACAUACCGCGCUUACGAAGGAGGCGGCAAUGGGCCAGGGUUUCGACAGGCAUUUGUUCAUGUUGCGGCGGAUUUGCCUGGAGAAUGGAGGAGAGCUUCCAGCCAUUUUCAAAGAUCCAGUAUUUGCUAAAUUGAAUGAAAAUAUUUUAUCAACUUCUACAUUAGGCGCUUCCGUAAUUUUGGGCGGGGGUUUCGGUCCCGUUGUGGAGCAUGGAUACGGCAUCGGCUACGCUAUCGACGACACUGAUUUGAGCAUUCGAUUAGGUGUCGCGAGCUACAGAGAUCACCGAGACGCUUCGGAAUACGUCGCCUCCCUUAAAUCAGCAUUCGAGGAUAUCCACAGAAUUCUACAGAGCGAAUGAAUUGAUAAACUUCUGCAAUGGACGGGUUUAGGAAGUGGGACGGUCCGUACUAUUUCAAUCGGCAUUUUUUCGAUUUCGAUGGAAAUUGAAUAUGAUGUAUUUUUGCUGAAUUUUUGGCCCAAUUUUUGCCGAAUUGUGGGCAGAAAAUUUAAUGAAUUUACAUGUUUACACUAUUCAAACAAUGGCAAAGUUCGAGAGGGAAAUAAAGAAUAUGAAUCUCCAAA